AUGACGGAAUCAAAAAAAAAGUAUAAAUCCCAAUCACCUUCCAAUCCCACUCUAAAAGAUAAAAGCAGUGAAAAGAGAAAUGAAUUAGAGGGAGAUUUUGAUGAAAAGAUAGUAGACAAAUUUAAUAAAAGGAAUGUAUAUAAAAACAAAGGUGUUUUAAACAGAGAGUUGAAAGGAAACGCACAUCUUGUACACAUUUCGAAAGAUUUAAAUGUAGUUUCACCAAAAAUUGAUGUAAAAAAGAGAAUAAAUGUAGUAGAAUCAGAUUUAAUUUCAAGAGAGAAGGGAUUUAAUAGUUUAGUAAGUAAAAAUAGUGAAAACAAUGCACAAUAUAAAGCAGUAAGUAACAUACAAUCAAUAUUGUCGGAAUGUGAGCCAAAAAGGACAGUAUUAGUAAGUAAUAGCAGUAAAAAGGGAUACGAUGCCGUAAAAAACUAUAAUAUCCACAAUAAUAGUAACUAUAGCAACGAACAGCUGAAACAAAUAAUAAAACUAGGAAGAGCGAACCUGAACGUAGUGAAGGAUUUUAGGAGGGAUGCGCCAGUGUCAAGGCUGCCAAUAAUGUACAAAGAUGACGUCGAAGCGUUGUUGAGCAGAAAACCAAAUUCAGUGAGAAAUUUUGUAAAUUCGUUGAACAAGCAACUGAGCAGUUACACAGACUGCAAUAGCAAGUACAGAGAAGGAGGGAACAAGGGAAACAUGGAUAGAAACAGUAGAAAUAAUAGCAGCUGCAGAGGCUGCACGUGUAGAAAAUUGGAUGAAUGCAGUUUUGCAAGUAAAGUUCAGAAUAGUGGAGUUAGAGGACACUACGAUGAGUGCAGAGAGUACUCUGGCCUCGAGAAAUAUUCUCCACAAUCGCUAAAUUUAACGCUAAACAGAAGCGGAGGUGACUAUGGGCCUAAUUGCAGCAGAAAUAAUAACGUUAACCUAGUGGACUAUGGUGGUGACGGUAAAGGGGACUGUGACGACAGGGAACUUGGACCCAGAGGACCGCAGGAGGAUGAAAUGAUGACGUACAGAAGUAACACGUUUGGAAGCUUCGCAAGAAGAAGUCCGAUGUCGAACUGCGCAAAAAGCGCGUCUGACCUGUGCGGAAGUGUAACGAGUGACUUUGUAUACAGCAGAAACCCGUUCUACCACGAAGGCGGUGCUAGCAAUUACAUGCCAGGACACAGUGAGUUCAACUACGUCACCGGUGACAGCAGAGGCUGGGAUUACAGGAGCCAGGAUGGCAGCAGUUACAACCACAGAGUCGACGACGCCGAAAACUGGAAUUGCAGAACGGAACGAGUGAUGAGUAUUGGCACAAAUGAGUCGGAGGGAUACGGGGGAUUGGCGAUGGACGGGGGCUACUACAACUUCAGCAGCUACUUCAACAGGAACUUCAACAACGGAUACGAAGGAAGCUGCUACGAAGAAGGAGUCGGGGAAGGGGAGGCCUUUAAAAACGCAAAGUUGACGUCUAGAACGAGCCUAACUGGAGUAAACUCAGACGAGUACGAGGAGCACUACUGCACAGUCAACGCUGACCUCGACGGCAAGAGUGGAGAAGAAAGGGCAGACACCGUUAGGAAGAAUAGGAAGUUGGGCGACUUGAUAUUCAGCAAAAGGUUCCUGCAGUCGUUUAACACUCUGCCCGAGGGGGUAAACCUGGUGAUCGACACGCCAACAUCGCAAACGUCAAGCGAAACGCACCUGAACACGGCCGGCGCACUGGAAAGCACGAGCAGGCUAGACAGCGUUACUGGCAGGCGAGUGGAGCGACAACGUGUGUUGGAAGGUACCAAUGUCGGCAGUAGUUCGGUAGGCGGGUCUACAAGGCUGAAGAUGGCCCGGAGGAGCAAGGCCGAGAGAAGAUCGAUGAGAAGCGAAAAGGUGGUGGUGAACAGCGUGAAUCUGAUCAAGUCAGGCUGGGUGUGGGUGCAGUCGUCAAGAACCAAAAACUGGGUUCCGAAGUUCGUAGUGCUCUUCUACGAUGCAGAAAAGACACAGUACACGUCGUUCCCAUUCGUGACAGGGACGUCAAACGGAACAACAGUUAACGCAGCGAAUAGAACCGGUAACAACAGCGACAACGCGCGGACAGCCUUAAACGCUGGAAGCAACAGUGGGAACAAUGCGUCCAGCAAGCAGACAAACUAUAACAGGUAUUUUGUGGGAGAUGUCGGAACGAGUGAUGGCUUUUGGAGAAUAUAUCAACUGUACACGCAAAUAAACCCGAGGCUGCACCUGAACACUAGCAACAUCGUCAACAUGGCGAGCUCAGGCAGGGCGAGCGUCGACGACAUGAACAAGCUCAUAGAGGACAACAGCGCAAUAUACCUGUGCAUACUGAACCACGAGCCUGACAACUACUACGAGACCAUAAGGAACGGAAACUACCUGCAGCUGUACACAGUGGACACCAGCGUGGCCCCCUUCCUGAGAAGCUUCAACUCAUGCUGGCUCUCGCGGCUCCUCUCGAGGAGGAUGAAGGCGAACCUGGAGCUGAUAAUAAUAUCGCUGACCGACAACUACGAGUUCUGCUUCGUGCCGCUUUGCGCAGCCAAGUUGAACGCGACGGUCAGUUUCACGUACGAAAUGGAGCUUGCGAACAAGAACAAAAUAAACGACGAGUACGACGGGUGGAUGUUUAAGCUCUGGGAGUAUUCGCUGAGGUCCCUUGACUACCAAGUGUCAAGCAACGCGGGAGCAGACGGGAGUUUCAGACUAAUGUUAAACUCAAAGGCCAACGGCGUGAACUGCGAUCGCAACGGUGUUGAUGCACAAAGCAGUUUUGCGAGUGGCAGUCAGAAUGGUGUCACUGUGGACAGCUCAGUCUUCAGCGCCUCAAAUAAUGCCUGCUUCAACUCCAAUGCUAAUAAGUCUACCGACAUUGUUGUGAGUAACACUGAUGCCAGUGUUGGUGGAGAUGAUAAGACCCUGUUGGCCAAGUGUUACGAGUACAUUUGCAGUUUCUUCUUGACCACGACGCCGAAUAAGCUGCAGACCGAUGACCCAAAAAAGGACCCAUCGAAUUUUAGAACGCACAUCAUCAAGUCCAUAAACAGUAACAAAUCCGCUGACAAUGACCAUACGUCCAGAGAUGAGAAAUCUAACAAUUUACCCUCUCCAAAAAACUUUAUAAAUUGGAUUGAUAAGUACGGCUUCGACGACUUAUCGAUAAAAAUGAACAUGUACACCUUGAUUAAACGUUGA